AUGGUCCCGUCGCUCUCCAAGGCGCUGCUGCUGCUGGCAGCAGCCCUGCCUUUCGCCCACGCCGACAACCGCAAGAUCGAAUCGCGGUCCCUGAACCCGUGCACAUCCAACUCGAGCAUCUCCGCUACGCUCUUCAAUGUCGCAUUUACGCCCGGCAACCGCAGUCUCGACUUCGACAUCGAGUUCGUGUCGACCAUCUCGGGCAAGGUCAACGCCGAGCUCGAGCUGCUCGUCUACGGCUACUCGGCCAUGAAGCAGGACCUGAAUCCCUGCGACCCCAAGAACAACAUCGAGGGCAUGUGCCCCAUGGCCGCCGGCAACAUCAAGGUCAAGUCGAACCUCGACAUCUCGGCCGAUAUCAUGAGCAAGAUCCCCGGCGUCGCCUACACCAUUCCCGACCUCGACGCCGUCGUCCGCAUCAAGGUCACCAACCAGACCAACGGCGACGAGGUGGGCUGCGUCGAGGCUGAGCUGUCAAACGGCCAUUCCGUAGACCAGAAGGCUGUUGCCUGGGUCACCGCUGUCAUUGCCGGUCUCGGUCUGGCAGCCUCCGCCAUCACCUCUGGAUUGGGACACUCCAACACCGCCGCCCACGUCGCCGCCAACGCCAUGUCGCUCUUUGGUUACUUCCAGGCCCAGGCCUUCCUCGGCAUGUGCUCCGUGCCGCUGCCUCCCAUCGUCGCCGCUUGGACGCAGAACUUCCAGUGGAGCAUGGGCAUCAUCCGCGUCGGCUUUCUGCAGAGAAUGGCCACCUGGUACCAGCGUGCCACUGGUGGUGUGCCUACCACCUAUCUCAAGCAGCUCGCCUACAUCUCUGUCGAAGUGCAGAAGAAGAUGAAGCGUGGUCUUGAAAAUCUACCCAUGACCAAGCGUGCCGUCUACGGCAUCAAUCACGCCGUGGGAAGCAUCGUAGCUCGCAGCAACAGCGACUCCACCAACGCUCAGCAUUCGAGCAAUGUCGUUCUCCACGGUAUUGAACGAGUUGGUUUCAAAGCUAAGAUCGAACCCACCAACAUCUUCUUCACCGGCUACACCUUCUUCGUCAUCUUUGUCAUCUUCGUGGUGAUUGGUGUCGUUGCCUUCAAGUACAUCUGCGAGGGACUCGUCAAGGCUGGCAAGAUGAAGCACGACCAGUUCACCGACUUCCGCAACGGUUGGCGCACGGUUCUCAAGGGAAUCUUGUUCCGUGUCAUCCUCAUCGGCUUCCCCCAGAUGAUGGUGCUCGGUUUCUGGGAAUUGACCAAGCGCGACUCGGCCGGCGAGGUCGUCCUGGCCAUUUUCACCAUUGUCACCAUGAUCGCGAUUCUUGGUUGGGCAUCGUCCAAGGUCGUUCGCAUUGCGCAGCGGUCCAUUGUCAUGCACAAGAACCCCGCCUACAUCCUGUACUCGGACCCUGUUGCCCUCAACAAGUGGGGCUUCCUUUACGUACAGUUCAAGGCGACCAUGUACUACUUCAUCAUCCCCGUUCUCGCAUACACGCUUGUAAAGGCCAUGUUCGUUGGCUUCGCACAGGGCAGCGGCACUGCCCAAGCCAUUGGCCUGGUCAUCGUCGAGGCCGCACUCCUCGUUGGUGUGUCCGUCAUGCGCCCUUACAUGGACAAGAAGACCAACGGCUUCAACAUCGCCAUCGCAGCUGUAAACUUCCUCAGCGCCAUCUUCUUCUUGGUUUUCACUGAGGUGUUCCACCAGCCGCCCAUCGUCACUGGUGUCAUGGGUGUCAUCUUCUUCAUCUACAACGCCGUCUUCGCCCUUGUCUUGCUUCUCAUGGUCCUGGUCUCGUCUGGUUUCGCCAUCUUCACGAAGAACCCCGACACACGCUACCAGCCAAUGCGUGACGACCGUGGAUCCUUCAUCAAGUCCCAGACCCAGCUUACUACUGAGCUGGAUGCAUUAGGUGCGACCGCCCGCGGCGAGGGCAAAGGCACGCACGCGCGCCUCGAUGAUGAUGACGCCAUGUCCAUCAGCUCUGCUGAUCAGCAACGGCAACUGGCGAACAAGGAGGGCGGUUUCACCGAACACUACCAGCCAGCCCCGCCGCGCAGUCCGAUCGCCCCGACUGGGCCUUCGCCGUACGGCUCGAACCCAUCCACUCCAGCGCAAGCCCCGCCGUCCUACUACAACAACCCUAGCCCGCCUAGUUCCAACGGCUACGGCCGAACAGCCAGUCUGAGAAAUGAAGCGCAGUAUAGGUCUGCGAACAACUCCAGCCCAUGGCAGCGAGGAGCCGGCUAUGACCAUUGA